AACAAAGUAUAAUAUCCAAAACCAAUUUUAUCAAAGGAAUAAAAGUGUGAGAGAAAGAAGAGAUAGACAAGUCCAUGGCGGCGAUGUUAUCUCCGUUUCCAGCCAACUUUAACUCCUCCUCUAAAAUUCUGAUUACAAAUCAUAAUUUAUCAUCAUCUUUAGCAUCAAAUAAAACAGCAGCACUUCCAGUACGACACUCAAUCUCCAUACCUACUACUCACCAUCAACAUCCUUCUUCUUCUUCUUUGUUUGUUCCCGAGGUUGAAAGUGCGGUUGAUUCCUUGUAUCCGGAGUUCAGGUCGGUUGAUAAUCUUGUGGCACGGAAUUCGUCUAGAGUUCUAAAAGCUUUUCAGAAUGCCAGGGUUGGAGCUCAUCAUUUUGGUGGUUGCACUGGCUAUGGCCAUGAAGAAGCUGGAGGCCGAGAAGCACUUGAUCAAGCGUUUGCAGAAAUAUUUGGUGCUGAAUCUGCAAUUGUCCGCUCCCAGUUUUUCUCAGGAACUCAUGCUAUUACAUGUGCUCUUUUUGCUUUCUUAAGGCCCGGCGAUGAGCUUUUGGCAGUUGCUGGUGCUCCUUAUGAUACACUGGAGGAAGUUAUAGGAAUUAGGGAUGGAAAUGGAUUAGGUUCCCUUAAAGAUUUUGGAAUCAGUUAUCGAGAAGUUGCUCUUGCAGAUGAUGGAGGGCUUGAUUGGGGUGCUCUUGAGCUAGCUUUAAAACCUCAGACGAAAUGUGCCCUUAUUCAAAGAUCAUGUGGGUAUUCUUGGCGUAAAAGCUUAAGUGUAACUGAAAUAUCAAGGGCAAUACAGAUGAUCAAGAUACAAAAUCCAAAUUGUUUGGUUAUGGUGGAUAAUUGCUAUGGUGAAUUUACUGAAGCUAUUGAACCUCCAAUGGUGGGUGCUGAUCUUAUUGCAGGGAGUUUAAUUAAAAACCCUGGUGGAACAAUUGCGCCAUGUGGUGGAUAUGUUGCUGGGAAAGAAAAAUGGGUAAAAGCCGCAGCAGCUCGUCUCUCAGCACCAGGUCUUGGCGUUGAUUGCGGGUCAACUCCUGGUGAUAUUAUGAGGACAUUCUUUCAAGGAUUAUACCUCUCACCUCAAAUGGUUGGGGAAGCAAUUAAGGGAGGCUUACUGAUUGCUGAAGUUAUGUCUGCGAAAGGUUACAAGGUCCAGCCACUUCCACGAGUACCCCGUCAUGACAUAGUACAGGCUGUACAACUUGGAAGCCGUGAGAGGCUCCUUGCUUUUUGUGAGGCUGUACAAAGAAGCUCCCCAGUAAGCUCAUACACGAAACCAAUUGCUGGUUCAACACCUGGUUAUGCAUCGGAGGUGAUCUUUGCUGAUGGAACGUUCAUUGAUGGCAGCACCAGUGAGCUCUCGUGUGAUGGGCCGUUAAGGGAGCCAUUCACUGUGUUCUGUCAGGGUGGCACUCACUGGACGCAGUGGGGAUUAGUGCUGGGAGAGGUUUUGAAUUCAUUGUAACAUCUGAUAUAACAAAGUGUAUAAAUACGACAAAGGCUUCAGCUGAGUUUAUUAUUUGAUAGAAGUUAUUAUCUCAACCAUUAUGCUAAAUCAAGUGCAGUUUUGAUUCAUCUAGUUUGUGGGUCAUGAUGUCUCGUUUUUGUAUCAUAAAUAAAUAUGCUCAUUUUCUGUUUGGUACUUUGGUUUGUCUACCAUCUACAGUGUAAUUGCUGUUUGAAAGUCUGCCAUAAAUUUUGUAUCCUUAAUUCUGUAAUAAUAUCUCUCAAUAGUUCUAAGAAA